AUGCAUCUUAAUCACAAAAUACCAUGGAACACAGCAGCCGCACACCUAAAUCUCAUAACAUGCAAUCCCCGAUUCACACCUCGACGUACCGACUUCUUCGCCCGCAAUAAGCCCACCGAGUCCUCAGACCUCAACCACUUCCGCCGGACCUUUACCAAAACAAUCCGCGAAUUCUCAUGUACUGAAGAAUCCAAACAACUUGACUCUGUUCCUUUGAACAACCUUCUCUCUGGUAAUCUGCUAUAUUACCCCGAAUAUCAGUUCGACCUCGGCCCGCACAGAACAAACUCAGCCCUGCAUAGCCCCCUAUCCACCAAGCAUCGAGACAUCCAAUACUGGAUCAACAGAGCUAGCUCUAGUGACGAUAAUUACCCCAUAAGCUACUCCAGCGCAGAUGGCGAUCUAGCUGACGCCGUCAAGAUGCUGAUAAUCAUAGCCGCAAGUGGGAAAAAGCAUGACUCAACGUCGAAGCAAAUAUCAAAAGAAGCUAUUUCUGUUCUGUUAACGCUUUCGCGCCAUCCUCAGAUCCCUUUGCAUACCCUUGCGGGUAUACACUGGGGCCAUGCGUUUGGGGUUGAGCUGGUUGCAGAGACAGCGUUGACAGUUUAUAUCAUGGUUAAUCUGAUGGAUGUGCUGCUCACAAAUAAACGGUUGGAAAAGAAUGAAGUAGCUUCAUUGUUGGAAACACAAACUUUCCAGUACUGGGCGCGACAUGCUCUUGCAGACUAUGAUUUUCCAAUACAGAAUGUCCCGCAUCGCAGGUUUUGGAAUUACUUUGGGGUUACGGAUAUGUGCGCUUCUCAGCAACAGUGUGAAGAGGUGGUUGGCGUGUCCGUGGAAGAUGGAGAUGUGACUGACCCGUUAAAGGGGGAGGGUGAAGAUGUUAGACUGGGUUUACAGGAGUACUUGAAAGCCUGUUUCGCUAUACUGUACAUAUAUGACAUGUUACUGCGGGAAUGGUACGGAGAGGAGGAAGCUGACGAGAAGUGGGGAUACUGGAUUGGCUGCCUCUUUGAGUCUUGGGGGUGCAAGCUAUAG